AUGCCCACUGCAUCAGCAGUAUCCAUUGAAACCUCUUUCCAACGAAAUCGCGCGCUACGCCGAAAAUACCGCCUGUGGAGGAGUUAUCCCCUCAAGAAAAGGAGUUACGGACUUGUUUUGGCUACCCGUUGCCGAGUUACGAAAAGAGGAUGGUCAUGUAGUGAAGGGGAUCCUAAAAGGUGUUGGAUUCUUUGGUCUAUGUUCUGCAGGCGAUGUCGGUAUGGCGUAAGCUGUUGUUGGAGUAAUCCAGAUGCUUGCGGAGUUAGUACUUCAAAAAAUGCAGCCAAGAGCACCUUAUGUGAAUGA